GUGGCAUUAAUGGCGGAGCCUAUGAGUGCGACCAAAAGGAUUCACGCAACGCCGACGAUGCCACCUACAAAUAUCACAGCAGAGGAAUUCUGUAAUGACCCUUUCGAUUUUCUCGUAGUUGGUGGCGGAACCGCUGGGUUGGCAGUUGCGGCUCGUCUCUCCGAGCAGUCGUCUCUGAGAGUCGGGGUGCUGGAAGCUGGGCCGGAGGUUGAAGGCAACGAGCGUGUGGACGUGCCGGGUUGGUUUGGAACCACUCUGGGAACAGACUUAGAUUGGCAGUUCGAAACAACAGCUCAGGCCGGCCUAGGGGGACGAACUCUUAAGUGGAGUAGAGGGAAAGGAGUCGGAGGCACGAGUCUUCUGAACUUCAUGACCUGGAACCGUGCGAGUCGCCAAGACUACGAUGCUUGGGAGAAUCUGGGCUGCAAGGGAUGGGGAUGGGACAGUCUUUUGUCGUUCUUCAAGAAGUCGGAGACUUUCCAUGCCCCCAGUCGGGAAACAAGCUUGGUCAACAAGGCCUAUUAUGAUCCCAAGGGGUUCGGUACGCAAGGUCCUAUUGACGUCUCCUAUGCAACAGAAUACUCAGCUUCACAUCAGUACUGGCAUGACACACUUCAGCAGCUAGGUGUGCACACCAACAAGUCGCAUAUGAUGGGGUCAAAUGUGGGCGCCUGGACAAAUUUAGGCUCAAUCACUCCCAGGACCUGCACUCGAUCAUCUUCGGCAACGGCUUACUAUCGACCUCGCAGAGACAGAGGGAAUCUCGUCGUCCUAAGCGAAGCUCUGGUCAAUAAAGUCAUCCUAGAGGAAGAUAAUAGUUCCUGGACCGCCAGGGGUGUCGAAUUUGUUCACAACGGACAAACAUUGUCUGCCUUCGCGUCCAAGGAAGUGAUUAUCUGCGCAGGCACCGUUCAAUCGCCUCAAAUACUGGAGUUGAGUGGAAUCGGUAAUCCAGACGUCCUCAGGAAUGCUGGAGUCGAGACCUUUGUUCCGAGUCCAUUUGUCGGAGAGAACCUUCAAGACCAUAUCAUGGCUGCCUCAAUAUACGAGGUCGACUCCAGCUUGCCGAACCCCGAUGACCUGAAGAUAGAUACCAAUGCUGCUGCCGCCGCCUGUGAGCAAUACAAGUCGAAUGGUACUGGGCCACUGACAAUCCUGUCAAACUCAAUCUGCUACCUGGGUCUAUCACAAAUCAUGUCGGAAAAGGAGUUUUCACAGUUAGCGGACAAGGCCAAGAGCAGUCGAGACGACUUUCCCGAGCGCAAUCACAUCCGGAGAACAAGAUUUGAUGCGUCUUCGCCAAGGCUGGGACAAAUCGAGUAUAUUUUCGAUCUGGGAAACUGGAAUCCGUACUUUCACCCAGACCAUGCGUCCACGGGCAAGAAGUACGGCACGAUGCUGCAAAUUUUGCAGUACCCGUUCUCAAGAGGCAGCGUACACAUACGGUCCGCGAAAGCCAACGAAAAGCCGACCAUCGAUCCACAAUAUUAUCAGGGUGAUAGUGGGAGCAUAGAUCUGGACAUCAUGGUAGAAUGCGCCAAGUUCGCCGAAAAAGUCACGAACACGCCUCCACUUUCAAACAUAGUCCACAACCGCGUUGUGCCACCACAGUCCGCACGAACGGAUGGCGAAUUGAUGGACUGGCUCGUGAGAGAGACCAUUACUGAUUGGCACCCCAUCGGUACUUGCGGCAUGGGCGGGGAUCGUGGUAUUGCUGGGGGUGUGGUUGAUGAGCGGCUGCGGGUGUACGGUGUCAAGGCGCUUCGGGUGGUGGAUGCCAGCAUAAUGCCCAUGCAGAUCAGCGCUCAUCUCCAGGCUACAGUGUAUGCCAUUGCGGAGAAAGGUGCACACAUGAUCUUGGAAGAUUGGCAAGAGUGA